AUGGCCCCCAAGAUGGGCUCUGUCGAGGUCGGUCCUCCCGCCCAGCCAGGCGAGGGCCGCGCCCGCCGCUCGUUCGUCUGCCCCGACGAGCUCGUCACCUCGCCCGCCCCUGGCAAGGUCUCGGUCCUCGCCCACAUCCUCGACCACGCCGCGCGCGAGUUUGCCGACGUGCAGGCCCUCGGCUGGAGGGACACGGUCGACGUCAUCAAGGAGGACAAGGACGUCAAGAAGAUUGUCGGCGGCAAGGAGGUGACCGAGAAGAAGACGUGGUCCUACUUCCACCUGAGCGACUACCAGUGGUGGACCUACGCCCAGUUCAAGGACACGGUCGACCACGUCGGCGGCGCGCUCCGCCAUGUCGGGUGCGAGCCCAACUCGGUCUUCAACAUCUACAGCGCGACGAGCCGUCACUGGCAGGUCAUGGCCAACGCCUGCGCGCAGCAGGGCAUCACGUUCGCGACCGCGUACGACUCGCUCGGCGAGCAGGGCCUGCAGCACUCGAUCAACGAGCCCGACGCGUACGGCAUCUUCACCAACGCCAACCUCCUCCACACGCUCGCCAGCGUCGUCGCCAACACGCCGUCGCUCCGCGUCGUCGUGUACGACGGCCGUGCCGAGGACGUGCCCGAGGGCGCGCUCGACGCGCUCAAGUCGUCGCGCUCCAAGGACGGCGACCACGCGCUCGAGGUGUACACCUUUGACGAGUUUGUCGCCCUCGGCAAGGCGCACCCGAGCGAGCCGCACCUGCCCGGCCCGGAGGACAUUGCGUGCCUCAUGUACACGAGCGGCUCGACCGGUCCGCCCAAGGGCGUCCAGAUCUCGAACGCCAACAUCAUCGCCUGCAUCGGCGCCGUCCAGAAGCUCAUCGGCCACAUCGUCUGCAAGGGCGAGACGUACAUCGCCUACCUUCCGCUCGCGCACAUCAUGGAGUUUGCGGUGGAGAUGUGCUUCAUGUUCGUCGGCGCGCGCAUGGGCUACGGCAACGUCAAGACCCUGACGGACGCGUCGGUGCGCAACUGCCUCGGCGACAUCCGCACGCUCCAGCCGACCAUCAUGGUCGGCGUCCCGGCCGUGUGGGAGACGAUCCGCAAGGGCAUCGUGUCCAAGUGCGCGCGAGCGGCGCCCUCAAGUCCAAAGUGUUCGACCUCGGCGUCGCCGCCAAGCGGUUCGGCGGUCGCGGCAGCUUCCUCGGCAACCUGGCCGACAGGUCGUGUUCGAGGCCGUCAAGCAGGGACGGCGCAAGCUCAAGUACGCCAUGAGCGGCGGCGCGCCAUCAGCAAGGAGACGCAGGAGUUCUUCAGCAUCGCCCUCGUCCUCAUCAUCCAGGGCUACGGCAUGACCGAGUCGACGGCCAUGUGCUGCAUCCUCCCGCCCGAGAUGCACCAGUACCAGACGGUCGGCGUCCCUGUCCCGUCGUGCGAGGUCAAGCUCGUCGAUGUCGAGGAGGCGGGCUACAAGUCGAGCAACCCGACGCCCGAGGGCGAGAUCUGGAUUCGCGGACCGAGCGUCACCAAGGGCUACUACAAGCAGGACAAGCUCACCAAGGAGGCGUGGACGGAUGACGGGUGGUUCAUGACGGGCGACGUCGGUCGCUGGAACAAGGAUGGCACGCUCUCGGUCAUCGACCGCAAGAAGAACCUCGUCAAGCUGUCGGGCGGCGAGUACAUCGCGCUCGAGCGCCUCGAGUCGCUGUACGGCUCGUGCGAGUACGCCGCGCGCAUCAUGGUUUACGCCGACAGCAACGCGAGCAAGCCCAUGGCUGUCAUCUUCCCGCACGAGGCCAACCUCAAGCAGCUCGCGUCCUCGCUCGGCGUCACGGGCGACAUCGGCACGCUCGUCCACGACCACAAGAUCCAGGACGCCGUCCUCAAGAGCCUCAACGCCGUCGGCAAGAAGGCCGGCCUCAAGCCCCUCGAGCAGCUCGCCAGCGUCGUCCUCGACGACGAAGAGUGGACGCCGCAGAACGGCCUCCUCACCGCCGCCACCAAGCUCAAUCGCAAGCAGAUCGUCCAGAAGAACAAGCAGGCCAUCGACGCCGUCUACCCCUGAUCGACCUCCCCUCCCUCCUCUUCUGUGCCAUAGCUCUCGCCCCCUCCCCACUCUGUCUCUCUUGCCUACGCCCCGCCUCGAGUGCCGUCGUCGUCUCGACCGAUUUCGUCCCUCUCCCGUCGCUUCUCCCCACCGUAAUCUUCUUUCCGCACUUGCCCCUCUACCUCCUCCGAGUGUAACGAGCUCUAGCUGUUUUGCUUUGUC